ACGUUAAUUCUAUAUGAGCGCGAGCGGCGGGAGCUCGGGUCUUUUCAGCGCCGGCCGCGCGGCGCCUCCUCCUCGCUCCUGAGUCACCGCGAGCCCCGGCCCCGCGCAGGGUUUGAAAUCUAAGAGAAUGGCAGACAUUGACAACAAAGAACAGACAGAACUUGAUCAACAGGAUAUGGAAGAUGUUGAAGAAGUAGAAGAAGAAGAAGCUGGUGAAGAUGCCAACAACAAAGCUCGGCAGCUGACUGUACAGAUGAUGCAGAAUCCUCAGAUUCUUGCAGCCCUUCAGGAAAGACUCGAUGGUCUGGUAGGAACAUCUACAGGAUAUAUAGAAAGCUUGCCUAAAGUUGUUAAAAGACGUGUGAAUGCUCUCAAGAAUCUUCAGGUUCAAUGUGCACAGAUAGAAGCAAAGUUCUAUGAGGAAGUUCAUGAGCUGGAAAGAAAGUAUGCUGCUCUCUAUCAGCCCUUGUUUGACAAGAGAAGCGAAAUCAUUAAUGCGAUUUAUGAGCCUACAGAGGAAGAAUGUGAAUGGAAAGCAGAUGCUGAAGAAGAGAUUUCAGAGGAAAUGAAAGAGAAAGCCAAGCUUGAAGAGGAAAAAAAAGAUGAAGAAAAAGAAGACCCUAAAGGAAUUCCUGAAUUUUGGCUGACAGUAUUUAAGAACGUUGACUUGCUCAGUGAUAUGGUUCAGGAACAUGAUGAACCUAUCCUGAAACACUUAAAAGAUAUAAAAGUGAAGUUUUCAGAAGUUGGACAGCCUAUGAGUUUCACGCUAGAAUUUCACUUUGAACCAAAUGACUACUUUACAAAUGAAGUGUUGACAAAGACGUAUAGAAUGAGGUCAGAGCCAGAUGAUUCUGAUCCCUUCUCCUUUGAUGGACCAGAAAUCAUGGGUUGUACAGGUUGCCAAAUAGACUGGAAAAAAGGAAAGAAUGUUACUUUAAAAACCAUUAAGAAGAAGCAGAAACACAAGGGUCGUGGCACGGUUAGAACGGUGACAAAAACUGUUUCCAAUGACUCUUUCUUCAACUUCUUUAGUCCCCCUGAAGUUCCUGAAAGUGGAGAUUUGGAUGAUGAUGCUGAGGCAAUCCUGGCUGCAGACUUUGAAAUAGGUCACUUCUUACGUGAACGUAUAGUCCCCCGAUCAGUAUUGUACUUCACAGGAGAAGCUAUUGAAGAUGACGAUGAUGAUUACGAUGAAGAAGGAGAGGAGGCUGAUGAUGAGGAGGGGGAAGAAGAAGCAGAUGAAGAAAAUGAUCCAGAUUAUGACCCCAAAAAGGAUCAAAACCCAGCAGAAUGCAAGCAGCAGUGAAGCAGUGUGUAUGUGGCCUUGAGGAUUACCUGCACUGUACUAGCCUAAACACAACUAUUAGUUACUUACAGCCUUAUGUUUUGUAUCUCGGUAGAAUUAAGUAACCAAUUUGUUAAAAAUGAAAUCAAACACAUAAGAACCAGUUUAAAAUGUAGGUGCAAUCUACCUAGCAUUUUAACAGUAUAAUUUUCAGCCAAUAUGUAGAAUGCAGUAAAUCCCCUAAAGCAUGAAUGUUAAUUCAUUGCUACAUAGUUUGGUUCUUGUGACGUCUUUGUCAUGUAGCUAUUAGACUGCAGCUGUGAAGAUUAUCAGAACUGUUAACUGAGACCAAUAUUUGUUUAGAGAAAAUCCUCUCCUGACGAACCAACCAAAGUAUUUUCAGCCCAGUAGUCUUGAACGGGUUUAAGUCUGCUUGCACUAGCUGUGCCUUCAUUACUUUGUUAUAGAAAUGGCAGUGACUUGUACUAACUAGGAGAUGAUGAUGCAUUUUGAAUUUGACUACUUGAGAAGACUAGUAUAAUUUGUUUAAUUUCCAAUGAGACCACAUUAAACAUUCAUAACUGUCAGCUUGUUUAUGCUAUGGGUUUUGUAUUUUAUGUGACAUAGUGAUCUACAAAGGAAACCUAGUCAUCAUAUUAAGGUUAUUGUUUACCACUGGGGUGUGAAUAAAACCUAGUAUUUUCAGAAGUUAGUCUUGUUUUAUUAUGAUGUGUGUAUCUGCAUGUGUAAACUAUUAAGGCAUCUCUUUCAUGCUGCAGUUCACUUUUUACUAGAAACAAAAGUCAAAAGUUACUGAAAAGUAAAUUAUAUAGCAUUUUGAGAGCAAACAGCUUAAUUGCUUGGAAAGUUUGGUCUGUGCUUUCCUUCGCAAUGUGAUAGUUGUGAGCCUAAGCUGCAUAUUUUAGUAAUUAGACAACACUGACAUUUUGAGAAGGCAAAUUUUUAGAAGUGGGCCUAGAUCUGAUAAAGGACUUUGGUAUUGCCAUGCCAGACUCAAAGGCAUUUGAUUGUUCAUAUGGAAUCUGGAGCCAAGAGAGGUGCCUUGGAUUUCCAGUCUGUGUGAUCAGAGCUAGGAUGUCCAGAACAACCUGCCCUGUAGCCUAAGGGAUGGCUAGAACACUUAGCUGCAUUCUAGUUUGUUUUCUCAGUGCAUCAAGGAUCUGAAGAGGAGGAACCAAAACCCAAGGAAUUUCUUCCUUCUCCCCAAAUGUUUUGCUUGCUAAGCCAUGCUCACAUGAUUCAUGCUUUUUGUUUUGGAUGUUCAUUGUCAGCUUAAACAUAAGGGCUAGAAGGUCUGUCUUAUAUUAACCUUGGCUCUAGCCUAGUAGUGGAGACAGUCUUUUUUGAGAUGUGGAUAUGAAUGCACUCAGCUUGAGGAGACUGAAUUGACAUCUUCUGUUCGUUUCACAUGAUCAGUCAACUGCUGCUGUACUAUGUGCAGCCUUAUCCUUUAUAACUGUAGAAGUGCUGAUUUUAAACAAGUACCCAGUUAACAUUUUGAGGGGUGGGAAGACCCUCAUGGUGCAGCAAAGAAACAUGCAGCUAGCUGUGGAUCUGUUUCUGCACUAGCUACUCUUUUCCUUGCCACUGAUGUACUAUCAAGUAUAGCCAUAAAGGAUUAAAGUAUUAAAAAGAUGCCCAUAAAGGGUAAAGGGGAGGCAAGGGUCUUGUGAAGAUGAGGCCAGGGGAAGUCUCUCCAGCAUGUCUCUUGCUUGGAGGGCAGAUGGUACAGAAUGAAGCUUAUGCUGAAUGCCUUCCCUGAAUCCCUAGUCCUUUUAAGAAGGAAGUCUAUUGGGCUCUGAGUUAACUGACUUUUAUUAUUCCUCAGAGGCUUGAAUGCCACACUGCUUAAUUUCAGAAUCCUUGUCAAACUUGAUUCAUCUCUCUAGUUACGGAUUUAGAAGAAGGAGCUCUUGUUACCUAUAGCUGUAUAUAAAACAGUUCUUUUGAAGCUGUGCUCUGUUUUUUAGGUAACCUAUAGAUCACAGCAUAGAAAAAUAUGCCAGAAGAAAAUUAAAUCACUGUGUCACUUUAUAGCUGUGUGUAAAUUCGAUGUGGUUCUGUUCUUGUGAUGACACUAAUCCUGACAGGACAUGCUUAGCCUUUGAGAUGCUGUCCCUGUCAGGUGUUUGUGUAUCAUUUGGUCUUUUCUCUCAAAAUUUUUCUCAACAUUUCCCAGGAUUAGGUUUGAACCAAGCACUGGUGGUUUAAACUUGAACUUCAGGGCAUAGAGACCAAACUUAUAAUAUGUUAUGGACUUGAGGCAAAAAACAUGGAGUUUUUCGGGUCAUACCUUUUGACAUGAAAAGUAUCCAAAGUCCUUACUUGGAUCUAGCCUGUUCUUGCUAAUAAAAGAGAAAGCACUGUCAAAAGUUGUCCAAGGAAUUUCAGAAUUCAUUUGUCCUGUCAUAUGAAGUCUGACUUGUGCUUAAACUGCUUUCUCAUAUAAUAACUUCCUACCAUUCAAUGUAAUAUAGUAUUUGAAGAGGGGAGUUGAUAGAUGUCAAAGCUUACCUGCAGCCUGCAAGAUCCAGAGCCAUGAAAGCAUAUCUGCCUACAGAUUUUGGUAUACAUCUAUCUAGAUCAAAUUGCCAGUACUAAGUCAGCUGUUCUUGUGCCCUCCAGACUGCAGCAAAAGGAAGGGUAAAAUCAUACAAACUGAGAUGCCAAUUCUUACGGCAUUGGUUAAAUAAAAAAUGUUUUGGUGCUUAGCAUAGUUCUGAGAUCUCAGACUGUCUUGUUUAGUAAUUCUGAAAGGCAGUAUGUAGCAGGAAUAUUAAACUUUCAACAUUGAUUGGA